UGUUCUAAACAGUUCCGACAACUGCGUGCAUUCUCUAUACUUUGAUCUAAUGUGAGAUUGGAAAACCAUUUAAUUUGAAGGCUUCAAUUCCUAACAUACGUGUUCCAAUGAUCUGUAGCUGUUUGUGAUUAUACCCAAUAUCAGCCUCAAAGCAAAGCAGUAGUUCUCGUUAAUAGUCUGAUUUCAUCAGUCAAUGACCACAGAUCUUUGUCAUUUUCAGAAACAGCAGUUUGUUGGCCAACUAGCAUUUCACAGCUCAAGCUCGUCACGGCUUCCUGUGUGGUGCACAGUUUCUCAGUUUGAUCAGGAGGAGUGCACGCUUAACAGACUCUUCUGCUUUUCCACCUGCAACAAACUGCACAUAUGCUCCAUUCCAGUGCUAACCGCUGAAUGUGUUCUUAACUAGGCAACUAAAUCAAGAGCAAGAAGCAGAUUCAGUAAUCCAAAAAUGUCGAACCCAGUGGUCACCCAUCAACCAGGUGCAGGCGGCUAUGGGACAAAUGUCCAAACAGGAGAGUGGAGCACGGGCCUGUGCUCCUGCUGCAGUGACUUGUUUGUCUGUGCUCUUGGUUGCUGCUGUCCACUUGCAUUGAGCUGCUACACAGCAAAUAAGUAUGGAGAAAACUGCUGCUUGGGUUGUGUGCCAGGAGGUUCCACAGCCAUUAGGACUCACAUGAGACUGACUUAUGGUAUUCAGGGAACCAUAACAAAUGAUGCCUUGAUGACCUUUUUCUGCGGAUUGUGUGAGAUGUGCAGGAUGGCGCGAGAAAUACGCAUCAGAAAUGGAGACAUUUCAUCUUAAGAAGGCAUAAAGGAUUCUGGUCCACGGUAUUUUCUGUUUGUUGAUGAUGUCCAGCUAUUGUGGAAGGAAUUUGUUCAUUCUUGAAGCAGGCCUAGCUUUCGUGCAUGCAACAAAGAAUGAGCAGCUUAUUAAUUAUGCAAUUCAGUGUAUUAGAUGUUAUAUUUUACCUGUAACCUUAUACGUACCAGUCUGUUUGACAGUGUUAGUACUAUCUGCAUUACUGUAAAUAAACUGCAUUUUUCACACUCACAACAUGAUUAAUUACAUUUAAGCAUGAACCAUUUUGUACAACAUUGUCAAUAAAAAAAAUAGAUUGUU